AUGGCGGACUCGACGGAGCAGACGUCGCUGCUCGUGAACGAGUGCGACGUGGACGUGGAGGACUUCGCGCCGGCCAUCAUCUCGCGCGGUACGAGCUUCCCGGCCGCCAGCCCCACGUACGCGGCGUCGCUGGAUGUGGUCAAGAUCCGCGACUACGAGACGGAGAGCGACGCCGCGUCCUUGGUGCAGGAGCUGACCCACGAGCAGGAGGAGGAGCCCGAGCCCGUGGCCGUCGACGAGUUCUGGAAGACCAUGGCGCUCGCCUACCCCAUCGUCGUCACCUACACGCUCGAGUAUCUCCCUGGCCUCGUGUGCAUUGUACUGGUGGGGCACAUCGAGUCCCCGGAUACCAAGCGCUACGUGGCGGCCGCGACGCUCUCCACCAUGUUCACCAACGUCACAGCGCUGUCCAUCGGCUUCGGCCUCACGUCGGGGCUUGAUACGCUGUGCUCGCAGGCCUACGGAGCUGGGAAGCUGGAGAAAUUGGGGAUCUACCUGCAGUCGGCGAUGAUUGUGGUGGGCUCGUGUCUGAUUCCGGUGUUUCUGAUGAACUGGCACGCCGAGUACUUCUUGCUGCUGGCUGGACAGGACCCGGAGGUGGCCAGGCUGGCUGGAGAGUUCUCGAGGGUGACCGUGUUCGGUGCACCCUUCCUGUUCAUCUACGAGAUGCUGCGCAAGGUGCUGCAGGCGCAGAAUGUGGUGCGACCCAUGGUGCUGUUCGCGCUGGUGGGAACGACGUUGGGAUACAUAGUUCUGCCGCUGUGUUUGGUGCCGUACUUUGCUUUCAGUGGAAACCACAGGCGAUGGUGGACUGGCUGGCAGAUGAAGGAGGCGUGGGCGCUCGUCCCGCUGUUCACGCGCUUGAGUGUGCCGAGUUUGCUUAUGAUGGCGAUGGAAUGGUGGGCGUACGAGCUGCUUGCGGUGAUGGCAGGGAACCUUCCUGACGGUGUCGUGGCCGUGAGUGCUCACGCGGUGCUCAUGCAAGUGGCAUCUUCGAUUUAUACGGUGUUUAUGGGCGUCUCGGUCUCAAGUAACAUCCGUGUGGGGAAUUGUCUGGGUGCGAACCACCCGAAGAAGGCGAGGAUUAUCAGUCGCACGACGCAGGCCACAGUGUUCGUUCUAUCGGGAUUCUUCGCUGCGCUCGUGUAUCUGCUUCGCCACCAGAUUCCACUGCUCGUGAUCAACGAUCCUGUGGCGAUUCAGCGCGCCUCAGACGCGCUGUUGGGCGCAGGAUGGCAGGACAUGGCUGCAAAAACCAAUGUGCUGGCGUUUUACGUUAUCGGUAUCCCAUUGGGAGCCUUGUUGUCGUUCCACUUUGGAUUCGGGAUUGAAGGGCUCUGGAUCGGCUUCGGCUCGGGCAUCGCUACGGCGUUUACGGUCUGCAGCAUCAACCUUUACUACUCGAGCUGGGAGCAGAUGGCUCUUGAGGCGCGUGCAAGACUCGCUCACUGAGGUAAAAUUUAUGCAUUCUUCAUGCUACAUUCUUCUUGUUUGCGGGGUGCACCAACAAGAGAGUCUUUAGGGGGAAACUACAGUACUAAGCAAAUGAAAUCUUUGCGGGCGUACGAGAGCUCUUUUUUCUUCGAAGUACAAAUACGCGUACAAUAGGGGGGGCUGUGUCGACACUCCGCUCACCAUUUCCUCUAA